GGGCCAAGUAUGAGCAUCAACAUGACCAAUCUAGGAAUCCUUUUCGAUGAGUGGCGAGACGCUAUAGCUUCUGAUUCAAGAAAAUCUGGCAAGUCACAGUUGCUCUUGGUAAUGUCAGCUACUCACUCGCCUGCUCAGCACUCGGUUACUUAUCCUAUUGACAUCAUGAAAAGGACCUUAGAUUGGAUACAUCUUGUUGCAUAUGACUAUCAUGUGCCUGCAGAAUUUAAUUUUACUGGUGCACAUGCUGCUUUAUAUGGCACUUCAAAUUGGGUUAACACCGAUGAAUGGAUAAAGGAAUGGUUAAGAGGAGGAUUAUCUGCUAGCAAACUGGUUUUGGGUUUGCCUUACCAUGGUUAUGCAUGGAGACUGGUGAACCCCAACGAAAAAGAGUUUGGGGCACCCUCCUCGGGUCCAGGUGUAACAAGUGAUGGCUCCAUGGGUUAUAAGAAUAUUAAAUCUUUCAUUCAAGGUUAUGGCUAUGGAGCUGCAGCAGUGUACAAUUCUACCUAUGUUACGAAGCUUUUCGUUGUUGGGUCGACUUGGAUCAAUUUUGAUGAUGUGGAGACUAUCAAGGCUAAGGUUUCUUAUGCAAAGGAAAACAAUCUUAGUGGUUACAGCGUAUUUCAGCUCUCCAAUGACGAUAAUUGGAUUCUUUCUCGAGCAGCUCAGGGAAAAGAUGAAGAUGGGCUGAACAAGAGGAAGGUAUUGGUAACUAUUCUGGUUACGAUUGCUGUGGUCUUUCUCGUGUUGGGCACCAUAAUUUUUUGUUACUUUAAAAGGAAAAAACUCGGCUCAAAAGAAAUUGCUGGGAGUGUCCAGAAAUCACUAUCUGCUACUAGAGUUAUUAAUAGCGAGGCUCCAAAUCUGCAAGCACUCAGUUUUGAUACGAUUGCUGCGGCUACUAAUAACUUUUCGAGUGAAAACAAACUUGGAGCAGGUGGAUUUGGCUCUGUCUACAAGGGUAAACUACCUAACGGAAAGGAAAUAGCAGUGAAGAGACUAUCAAAAACUUCGACUCAAGGUGAAGAGGAGUUCAAAAAUGAGGUCACGCUUACAGAAAAACUUCAACAUGUGAAUAUAGUUACAGUUUUGGGAUUUUGCGUCGAGAGGGAAGAAAAGAUGCUGAUCUACGAGUACAUGCCGAACAAGAGCUUGGAUUUCUACAUCUAUGAUCGAAUCAGAAGAUACAUGUUAGAUUGGAGAAAACGCGUUCAAAUCAUUGAAGGUCUUACUCAAGGGCUUCUAUAUCUCCAAGAAUACUCAAAUUUUACCAUUAUUCAUCGAGACAUAAAGAGUAGCAACGUUCUAUUGGAUGAGGAAAUGAACCCUAAGAUAUCAGACUUUGGUAUGGCUAGGCUCUUCAGGAAAGAUGAACUCGAAGCAAACACAAGCAGGAUAGUUGGAACAUAUGGUUAUGUUCCCCCUGAAUAUGUAAGAAAAGGCAUAUACUCCAUGAAAUAUGAUGUUUACAGCUUUGGAGUUCUACUCCUGCAAAUCAUAAGUGGCAAGAAGAGUACACGUUACUAUGGUGCAGACGAAAACUGGAACCUUCUUGAAUAUGCAUAUGAAUUAUGGAAAGAUGGUGAAGGCGUGGAGUUUUUCGAUCCAACGCUAGACGAUUCCUUUUCAUCAUGUAAACUCACAAGAUGCCUGCAAGUUGCUCUAUUAUGCGUCCAAGAAAAUCCUUUGGACAGGCCAUCUAUGUUAAAAAUUUCUUCGAUGCUAAAAAAUGAAAAUGCGCCUAUCGCCACACCAAAAAGGCCUUCCUUUUCAACCAAAAGAGAUGAAGAGGAGGACAGUGUUAUCAGGAAUAAAAUUUAUUCUGUGAAUGAUGCAACAAUAUCUGACUUGGAACCUCGCUGAAGUAAGGGCUUUCAUGAACAGAACUCAAGAGUCUCUCCUUUUUUCUUCCUGGUUGAACUGAUUGUAUGUAUUCUUUCUAAGUCAUUGUGAUAGAUCCUAUUCUUUUAUAUCUUAAUGAUUGUUGGCUACCAAAAAGGGUCCAUCUCUCACAACAAUGUAAGAUCAUUUACUAUAGCUUUACAACCAGAUGUAUACAACAGUACAAAACGGAACUCAGCAGGAAUGAGAACCCAAUGCUUUGGAUAGAAGCCCUCAUUUUUACUUCA